AUGUAAUAAUCUAGUCCUAGAGAAUAAAAUGACGAUUUGAAUUAACCUGAUUAAAUUUCUUCAAAACCAUCAUUAGCAAGAUCAAAGUAUAUUUUUAAAAAAAGAAUGUAGCACAAUGUAACCAAUUCCAAAGAUAACAAAAAAAUUUACAAUAGGAGGAAAGUAAUAUUCAUAUGUAGGACCUGAUCAUCCUUAUAUACAAGAUUUAUUCUAAUUGGUAGAAGAAAGAGAAAGUAAUCCUAAUAAUAAUUUGUUGAAUAAAAUAAUAAACAUUAAUAGUUAGAUAGAAAAUUGGUUUGCAGCUAAAUGUAGAUUUUUUAAUGGAAGUUUUGAGAUAACCCAUUAUCAUGUCUUAAUUUGGCUUUUCUAUUUGAUCAUUUAUGUAGUGUUUAUUUUUCAAACAUUUGUAAAUAUAAAAACUAUAAUAGGAUUUAUAAGAUUAAGCAGAGGUACAAGUUAAUGCAAAUAAAUAAAUUAUUGUAUUUAAUUUAACAGGAUUAGGAGCUUUAUUUACAAUAUAUACGUUAAUGUAAUAAUAAAAUAAUAUAUAGAAUAAUAAUGAUCAAAUAGGUGUGGUUUAUAUUAAUAAUAACAUUUAUAGGAGUUUUAUUACCAUUAUGGUUCCUAUUAAAUAACUAUUUAAAUGUAUUAAUAUUAUUUUAUUUUAGUUAUUGUAAUUGAAUUAAACAGCAAAUUAUGAUGUAUCAAUAAUCUUUAUACUUUCAUUCAUAGUUUUGAUAGUUCUUAAUGGGUUUCUAGUUUCACAAUUAUUCAUUUGGUUAAAAAGUUUUAUGAAAGAGUUUUUUGCAGCAAUGGUAAUUAAUUUCUGGUGUUUAUUUUGUGUUUUCUUAGUUGGUUAUUACAUAUUAGAAUAUAUCAUUGUUACUCCUUAAAUUAUUUUUGAAGAUUUACUAACUUAUAUAUUAUCAUAACUUUAUAUUCCAUUACUUUUAAUUUUAAUAUUUUCCUGGUUUAUUAUUAAAGCACGAUUAUUUGAUUGGCCAGAAGAUGUUAUCUAAACUGCUAUAGAUAGACUUAAAGAAAUGCUAAAUAAAUAAUAUAUUAAAUAAGAAACAACAUCUUAAUAAGCUGUAAGUUGGUUAUAAAAAAAUAAAGUUAGAAUUAUCUCUUAUAUGAUUGGAAUAUUUUAUUUCAUAGUAGAAAUUUGGUUAUUUUUGAAAUUAGCUUCAACACUUAACAAUUAAUUGUCUAAUUAUAGUGAAAUUAUGACAUUAGCAUUUGAAGUUACAAUAGUUCCUAUUUAUUUAUUUUUAGGUGUAUUUAUUUCUAUUACAAAUAGAGAAUUAUCUAGAACAUUCUUAUAUGUGCCAUUAUUUUUAGGAGCUCCUAUUAUAUUUUCAUUUUUAAAAUUAUACUUUUAUUUAGAAUCUAAUUCUAUUACUAAAGAUGUUAUAUAAUCUAUAGGAGAUGCUGUUUAUUAUGGACCAUUAUUUUUAUUUAUUAUAUGGUUAACCAUUAGUAUGAUAGGAAUUGAAAAAAGAAAAUUAUAAAUGUAUUCAUUAGGAUUUCUCUGUUUCUUUUUAGCAUUCCCUUUAGGAGUAUUAAUUCCACUCUAUUAUGAAUCAACAGAUGAAAUCUUAUUAUAUGUUAGUUAUGUUUUAGUAGCUAUUGGAGCAAUUAUAUUAAUUAUUAUAUUUAUAUACUUUAUUAAAGAAUCUUUAUUAGCUAUUUGGAGAGUUAAAUAAAUUACUGAAGAUGAUUUCCCUAAUUUUGGAGAAUAUGCUUAUUAUAAUUUAACUCCAUAUGGUUUAUGGAUUAAUGCUUCAUUCUUUCUUUUAUCAAUAUUUUUCUUAGGGGAAUUCUUUUGGUUUUCUUAAGAAUUUGAGGAAAAAUAUCAACCAACCAAUGUUGAAAUUGGAACUAUUUUUAGUUUAUUAAUUAUGCAUCCAAUUUUAUUCUUUCUCAUUAAUUUAGCGUUAUCAGGAAAAUCAUUGCAAAUUAAAAAAGACUUUGAAAUUACAAAUAUUGAAAUGGAAUAAAAUGAAUAAAUUGAAAAUCAAAAAAAAUUAAAUGCUCUAAAAAUAUAAAAUUAUACUGUUCUUAUUGGAAUUUUAUGUCCUGUUGCAGUAUUUAUUCCUAUUGGAAUUAUGUAGUCAAAUGAAAUAUUUUAGACAUGUUUUCUAGCAUUAGCAAUUGGUUUACCAAUUAUAUUUCUAAUUUAUAAAGUAUUGACAUACAUUAAAAAUUAAUCAGAAUUAUAUGAAAACUUUUUUUCAUCUUUUGUAAGUUCUUUAUUGUGGUGUUGCAUUAUAUUUCCUUUUGGAGUGAUUGUACCUAUGUUAUCAAUUGAAUUUAUUAAUACUUCUGAUAAUUUUCAAACUUUUGCUUAAAUUGCAGUUGCUAGUGGUUUAUUUAUUUGUAUUAUUGGAGUUACUGGUACAUCUCUCUUUUUCUCUAUUUUACUUAAUAAAGAAGAAUUUGAAAGAAAAAAAAGAUGUAUUGUUGAAGGAUUGAUAACAUACUUUUAUAAAGAACAUGUUUACAGUGAUAUGGCUGUAUGUUCGUUAAUUUAUAUGAGAUAUUUAAUUGUUGGUAAUUAAAUAGAAAGGAACUUUAAAAAAGAAUAAAAAACAGGUCUUAAAAAAAAUAAUAAAGAGGAUGUCAAUCCAAAACUAUUAAUAAAAAAGAAAUUAAUUGAAGAUAUGAUUUAAGAAUAUAAGCCUGUUGGUCCUAUUGAAUAUUUAGGAGAGGAUUUAGAAUGUAAUAAACAAUUAGUUUCAAAACUUAAUUAUGAUAAAUUUGUAAAGUAGAUAGAAGUGAAAAAAAAAGAAUUAUAAGAAAAUAAACCAAAUAAAUGUUUAAUGAUGUUUUGGGAAUGUAUUUAAUGUAAAUGUGGUUUAGAAGAAAUGGAAUAAUUAGACAAAGAUAAAGAAAAUGAAAUUAUUUAACUAAGAGAUAUAUAUAAAAUGGAUGAAGAAUAAGGUUAGAUUAUGGAAUAAUUAAUUCCAGAAUUUUCUAAUGUUUAUAAAUUGAUGGAUGAUAAUGAAAGAACAGGCUUAUUAUUAAAUUUUGAAUUAGAACCAACAGCUUAAAUUUUAGCUUAAAGAUAAUAACAUGUAGAUAUAGAGUAAUUAGAUUCUUAAAAAACUGAAAAACUUAGAAAUUUAUAAAGGAAAGAUUUAAGUAGUAAAGCCUUAACUAAAAUAACAUCAACUGAUUAUUAUUAAUCAUUAUAAUAGAAUAAUAAUCUAUUUCCAUAAUUUAUGCAUGAAGUUUUUAUGGAAUUUAGUAAUUAAGAAGAGGGUCUUCCACCUUCAAUUUGUUAUAAUGAUUUUAAAGAAUUUUGCAGAUUAACUAAUCUAAACUUUGGACUCUAAGAAUAUACAAAUCAUGCAAAAUAAAUAUGGUUAAAUUAAACAUUUACUUUAAACGAAAGAGAUUUUGCAAAUUUACUUAAAUCUGCUUUGCCAAACAACUCAGCUGAUAAAUAUUAAUAAUUAAAGAAAUUUACUUUAGAAAAAAUAUACCCUAGCUUAAUUAAAUCAAUCAAAUCAUUAUAUAGUAAUUUAAAAGAAGCUAAUAGAUUAUUUUUAAAUAAUAAACUUGAUCCAUAAUUAUAUCCUUUUUGUGAAGAGAACUUUGAUUUAUAAAAAAAAACAAAAUAAGAAUGGUAAGAAGAAUAAAGUAGGUUAUUAAUUAAAAUGAAUGAUCCAGAUAAUAUUAAUAAAAGCUAAAUUAGUAGAGCAAAUAGCAUUAAAUUUCCAAAAAAGUCAAGAAAACAAUUAAAUUUUGAAUAUGCUGAGAAAGUAACGGAAGUAGAAAGAAACUAUGAGAAUAAAUUAUCAGGUUGCAAAAAAUGUUGUUACAGUUUCUUAAGAUUUUUAAAUCUUAUCUUUUGUUAAAUUUUAGGAUCAUGUUGGAAAACAAUAUUAGGAGGUUUUGAAGAUUAAAAGAAAAAACCAAUAAGAAAAGGUUGGGCAUAAUAAAUAAAAUAAGCAAGAUUGGAAAUGAGAGACUGGAAACAAGUAGCAAAAGGUGCUAUUGAGGAACUUUUUAAAUAGAUUCAUCAAUAUGAAGAAUAACUAAAAGAAAAGUUGAUAGUUAAAUAAUUCAGAUCUACUGUAAGUAAUAUUAUUGCAAUUUCUACAAGGGUUUUUGAUAUAUAUGGUUUAGCAGCUUUGACAUUCAAUAGUAAUGUAUCUUGGUUUGGUACAGAUUCAUCUCCAACUGUUGAAGGACAAGAUAUAGUUGAUGGAUCUGCAUUUUAUGAUUCUUAUGCUUUUUAUUUCUAUGCUUCUUUAUCUGCUUCUGUUUUAUAUGGAAUUUUGGGAAGGAUAGCUAUUCAUCAUGUCAAAUAAAAUACCUUUGGAUAAAAUACAAUUAAUGGAUUACCAGCAAGCUUUACACAUUCAUAAUGGUAUUUAACAAAAGCUAUUUAAAUUUUAAAUGGAUUAUUUCUUAGAAUUAUGAAAUCAUAUAUUGAUGCUUUUGUUUGUGAUUAUGAUGUUGAAGGCUCAGUUAUUUAUGUUUUAGUAAGAGAUAACUCUAUAGAAUGUUUGAGUGAUUAACAUUAUAUUUAUAUGGGACUUGCUUUCAUAGGAGUUAGUAUCUAUUAUCCAUUAACUACCUAUAUGUAACCUAUAUUCUAGUUUAAUGACCAUUCAUUAGAUUUGAAAUAUAGAUCUACUUAUUUAGUUGUUUAUGUUUAAUGUAAAUUAUUAAUACUUGGCUUAAGUUCACUAUUUGCUAAUUUUGACUCCAAUUCUUUUAAAUUUUAAUUGAUUUUUGCAUCUUGCAUUAUGCUUUUCAUUAUUAUCUUUUAUUUAAGGAUGAAACCAUGCCUUAUUGAUUGGUUUAAUAUUAUCGAACUAUUCUUAUUCAUUAUUGUUUUCUCUGUAAAAAUUAUUAUUUUUAUAUUUAUUUAGGUUUAUGUUGGAGCUAUUUUAAUAUUAUUUGUUGAUAAUUACUUGUAUGGUCUUAUUUUCACUUCAUCUGCUACUUCCUUAAUUUUAAUUACUCUAGCUGCUUAUUUUUUAAAGCAAUUCUUAGAUUUUAGAAAAAGAGAAAAAAUUGGAGUCGAUCCAGAUUUAAAAUAACGAUAAAUAAAAAAAAAGGGAUUAAAUUAAUUUAUAGAGACCAAACCAGAAGAAAAAUUAAAUAUUACUAAUUUUAAAGGUAAAUAAAAGGCUAGGGAAAAAAAAUUAAUGGAAUAAAAUUAAAAAAUUUAAGAAGAAAAAGAAAAAGAAAUCAAAAAAAUACAAAUUAUCAAAAAGUAUGAAAAAUAAAAAUCAUAAUCUGAUUUUAUUUUAGAUGUUGAAUAUUUGCCAAUUAAAUAAAUUGAAGGAAACAUAAAUGAAGAUCGAUUAGAUAUUAAAAAUGUUAAACUAUACGAAUAAAGGAAAACCUGA